AUGAAAGGCUUGGAAGAUCUUUCUGUUCAUUACGACCAGACGUGCGCAAUGCUAGUGGAGGGAGGAAGUUUCAGUUUGUCUAUGGAGACGGCGGCAUGGAUCCAGGCUCAAAAUGGAAAUCGCGCAGAGGGUUGCUUAUUGUCCUCUGCGAUUUCAAGGCUACGUGUCCUGCUAGAGAUGAGGGAUGCUUUAUCACCUUCAGAGAUAUCGAUGUUGUGGAUAACAGAUUCUCAAAUGAAAAUUAUGUUGGGGCCGAAAUUCCACAAAAUUGAAAAUGUUGCUGCUAAUAUAGCUGGAAUAACAUCCAAACAAUUAAAGGUGUUCUUGGAGACAUGUAUAUACCGUUAUCAUUUGAAAAAAGUUGAAGCAGGAGCUGCUAUUGGAGCCAUUGGAGCUCAAAGCAUAGGAGAACCAGGAACACAAAUGACACUAAAGACAUUUCACUUUGCUGGGGUUGCUAGCAUGAAUGUCACACUUGGGGUUCCUCGCAUUAAGGAAAUAAUUAAUGCGUCCAAAAAUAUCAGCACGCCAAUUAUUACUGCCAUUCUUAACAGUGACACUCUUUUUUCUGCACGCAUGGUCAAAGGCUGCAUUGAGAGAACGGUUUUGGGUGAGGUUGCUGAAAGUAUAAAGAUUGUACUGAAGCGUCAAGCAUCCAUAGUUAUCAAACUUGACGUGAAGAAAAGUGAAGACCUACGAUUGGGAAUUUCUGCAGAAAUUGUGCAAUCUGCAAUUUUGAAUCAUCCAAAACUUAAAUUGAAACCUGAUGAGGUCCGUGUUUUGAGUUUGCGAAAGUUGAGAAUCAUUCCUAAUGUAGGAAAUAGAAGCAAAUUGCGGUUUGGCCUUCACACUUUGAAAAGCAUGCUUCCAAAGUUGGUUGUGAAGGGCAUACCAACUGUUGAGCGUGCUGUCAUUAACAAUGAUAAAGGAAGACACCACCUGUUGGUUGAAGGGACAAAUCUUUUAGCAGUUAUGGGUAUUCCAGGAGUUUGUUCAAAGGAAACAAAGAGUAAUCAUGUCAUUGAAGUUCAUCAAACACUUGGAAUUGAAGCUUCUAGGAGGUCCAUUAUUAAUGAGAUACAGUAUACCAUGGGUACUCAUGGAAUGAGCAUUGACAGUCGUCACAUGAUGCUUCUGUCAGAUUUAAUGACUUGUAGGGGUGAAGUGCUUGGAAUCACAAGAUUUGGCAUUUCAAAGAUGAAAGACAGUGUCCUGAUGCUUGCGUCAUUUGAAAAAACUGCAGAGCACCUGUUUAAUGCUUCAUUCAGUGGUCGGGAGGACCAGAUUGAGGGAGUUAGUGAAUGUAUUAUAAUGGGCAUACCGAUGCAAUUGGGCACAGGAAUUCUCAAAGUCAGGCAAAGGGUUGAUCCACUCCCUGAACUCAAAUACGAGCCAGAUCCAAUUUUAAGUUGAGUGUCGUUCUUCAUGUACAUGCUUGAAUUGAUUACCUGCGCAAUCAAAUCAGACGAGAAGAAGCAUCCACAUAUCUGUUUUUCCUCACUGUGGUCUGCAUGCUAACCAUGUGCAAUCAGGUGCCUUAAUGUGUAUAUGUCUUAGACUGAAAAACGGCGGAGUUUAGGUAGAUGCUGAGAAGAGGCCUCCACCAUACUAGUUCACAAUUGCCCAUAAUUAAGUCAGAUGCACCGUUGCUCAUGAGUUUCAUAGUAAUUUUUUGUCUAUCCUUUUUUUUCC